UCGCUGUUGCCGCUGCGAUGCAUCAUUUAACGUUCGCCUAGCAAACCAGCAGCAACAUGGGAAAACUUAUUUUAUACGGUUUCGAUCCCAGCAUUCCCGUGCGUCCAGUCAAACUAACGCUGGCUGCUCUCCAGCUGCCCUACGAAUUUGUGGAGGUGAAUGUCUUCAGUCAGCAGCAAAUGUCAGAGGAGUAUCUCAAGAAGAAUCCCCAGCACACAAUUCCCAUGCUCGAGGAUGAUGGAGCAUGUAUCUGGGACUCUCAUGCUAUCAUGUGUUAUUUGGUUAGCAAGUACGGUAAGGACGACUCGCUGUAUCCCAAGGAUCUGCUGAAACGUGCCAUUGUCAAUCAACGUUUGUACUUUGAAUCUGGCGUCGUCUUUGCCGAUGCCAUACGAAGAACAAAUAUGAUGGCAUUUUGUGGAACUCCUGUGAGCAAAGAUCGCAUUGACGCCAUUGUCGAGGUCUACAAUCUAAUGGAAGCUUUCCUCAAGGAUCACGAUUACAUUGCUGGAGAUACUUUAACGAUUGCUGACUUUAGUCUUAUCUCUCCAAUUAGUUCCCUUGUGGGCUAUGUUAAAAUUGACGCAGCCAAGUUUGCAAAGCUUACAGCUUGGGUUAAGCGUAUGGAAAAACUGCCAUACUACUCCGAAAACGCGGUUGGAGCUGAAAUAUUCUUAACUGCUUUAAAAAAUACAAACUUUACAAUUGAAGAAUAAAUUCUUUAUCGAC